AGCGAAGUGCAGGCAGAGGGUCUUCCAACAACAAAAAGCCCCCGGGAAAACCUGGGAGACCUAGAAAGAAGUCRACACUGAGUGAGAAGAUCACAACUGCUGAUGAAUUAAGGAGAGAGCUUCACCUGGGUGGCGGCAGGGUGAAUAUCAACGACCUUGACUUGGGCUCAUCAAUGAACCCRGUCGUUGUGUUACAGAGGUUAACGGUCACUUUCGGGGGUUUCAAAAUCGAGCUUCUCCCGGGGCCCUCCUUUACCGCUUUCACAUCAGCUGAAAACACUGAGGAAUGUUAUGAGGAUGGCUCGCUGUACGGUGAAGGGAUGGAAUACACUAUGGUGCAAGAGGAACCGUUACACAUACAGAAUCCCACUGCAGGGAGUGGAGGGGGCGUGGGRGCUGCUCAYCUCUUCGUGAAGUACUGUGCUGACGACUUGCCUCUAGGGCUAGGACCUUACGUCAACCCCAAUGAGGUUCAGGCCUCCAARGGGGCGCUUCCAGGUAGUCCUUGCUUGGUCGAGACCAAACUUGARGACCAAAGUGAUUCUCAGAAGCCUGAUCCAGCGGAGGUGAGGAAAGAUGCCAGCAUCAAGAAAGCAGCGCAGCAGCACCUGCCAAACAGCAAAGUUCCUACCACUAAUAAUCCAGCCAAAAAGCAGCAGCCCAAGCUGAAGCUGUCAGCACUGUCCUCGGCUAAGAACAAGCACCUGGUAGCUGGUAAGGGGCCCAAAGGAACCCAACAACACGCCCUGGGGAAGAAGCUCCACCAGAGAGGCAACAUGCACAAGAUGGACGAAAUUAAAGCCAAACAAGUCAUCAUGUCCUUGAAAAGGGGCCCUAAGAUUCAGAGGACGCAAGACGGACGUCCUGGGAAACUAAAGCAGAGAUUACCUGACACGGGCCGCGGCGGUCCGGUCAAAAAAACACUGCCGUCUGGAAAGCGUCCUCCUGGUA